AUGACUUUAAAUAAUUUGAUAUAUUUGUUUUUACUAAUAUGUUUGUUUUUAUUUUUGUAUGAUUUCCAAUAUUUGGAAAGAGCUCCACAACACGUAACAUCACUUCUGAAUUUAAAAAGUGAGGUUUAUAAAGAUGAUGGUGAGGAUGACUCAGAAGAUCUUGAAUCAAAAGACGGUGGAUCUGGAGAUGAAAGUGAUAAUGGAAGUGUCUUAAGUUUUGUCAGUCAGGCAAGCAGUACUCAACGAAGUAGGUGGAGUGCAGCUUCACCACUAGAUCCAUAUUUUGGGGAACUGGAUUUAAUUGUUGAAGAUAGGCCCACUCCUUCUGAUAAGGAAAGAGAAUUGGAAUCAGCGCUUCUACUGAUAUCAGGUUCAAGCUCAGACUUAGACUCUGAUAAAGAUCAAGGAGGAAUUUAUACUGAGGAUAAAUCAUCUAGUAAAGCUUCUGAGAAUCAAGGUGAUCACGGAGCAGGUGCAGGUGCAGGUGCAGGUGCAAGUGCAGGUACAGGUACUCUGUCGGAUACAGACACAAGUAAGAGCUUAUCAUGGUGGUUGGGUGAUGAUGGAUCAGGAAGACGAAAAAAACCCACUUUAUCCUCGGAAAGACAUAGUUCUUUAAAGAAAUCCCAUAGUUCAGGAGCUACAGGAAAGGGCUCUGGUUCGAGUUCUAGAAGGCACACUCAUUCAUUGUCUAAACCAGCAGCUUCUAAGUCUUCUGGCUCUGGAAGUGGUGGUACAUUGGGGCAUUCAAAAGAUAAAAAAGGAGGGCAUGGAUCAAGUGGAACAAGUAAACUUGGAACAAGAGGUGGAAUGAGUAGUUCGAAAGGAGCCAGCUCAAGUGGGUCGAGCGGGGUAAGUAGAGGAACAGGUAAAGCAGGAGGAAGUAGAGGUGGCUCAGGAGGAACCAGUUCGGGUGGAACAGGCGGAUUAAGCAGAUCAGGAACAGGUAAAUCAGGAACAGGAGGUAGAGCAGGUGGUUCAUUGGGAGCUAGUUCGGGUGGAAUAGGUGGAUCAGGUGGGGGAGGAGGAAGAAGAGGAGGUUGGUCGGGAGGAAUGAGAGGACGUGAAGAUACUAUAUUUGAAGAAGAUGAAGAAGAGGAAGAGGAGGAUAACCGUAAGGAUGGAGAAGAUUCCGAUGGGUCUACUGGCUCUAGUAGAUCAUCGGGUUCAAGGGGAUCAUCAGGUUCAAGCGGAUCAUCAGGUUCAAGCGGUUCAACAGGUUCAAGGGGAUCAACAAGUUCAGGUGGAUCAUCAAGUUCAAGCGGAUCAUCAAGUUCAAGUGGAUCAUCAAGUUCAAGUGGAUCAUCAAGUUCAAGCGGAUCAUCAAGCUCAAGCGGAUCAUCAAGCUCAAGUGGAUCAUCAAGUUCAAGCGGAUCAUCAGGCUCAAGCGGAUCAUCAGGCUCAAGCGGAUCAUCAGGCUCAAGCGGAUCUAGGAGAAGUGAAAUCUUAUCUAAACUCGAGAAAAUCAAAGGUUUGGCAAAGGAUGCAAAAGAAAAUAGUGAAAAACUUAAAGAAAGCAGAAAGAAGAGCCAGAGUACAGGAAGAUCUAUAACUCAUUUAGAAUUACCUGUAGGCGAUCCACGAGAUUACUGGCCUUUUUCUGAUUUGAUGACCAAAUUUUAUAAAGGAUUACAUUUCCAACCUGACAGCUCAGGAGGUCAAGUUGGCCCUCAGCCUGGACCACAAGAUUCGGCCUUACCUGGAGUGAGUGGUGCUGUGGAAGGGACAAGAAGGGGAACUGGCACAAAAGGAGUAGGGGGGAAGGAAGUAGGAAAAAGUGGUAGAGGAGGUGGAGGAGAACACGAGGGUGAGAGAGGAAAGCCAGAUGGAAAAGCUGCUGCAGAAACCAGCUCUGGAUCUAAGAUGCAUUCUACUUCAAAGUCCAGUUCUGGGUCUGUCUCUAAACCAAUUUCUGGCUCUAGGUCUAGAUCCAGGUCUAGGUCUAGGACCAGAUCUAGUUCCAGGACCAGAUCCAGAUCCAGAUCCAGAUCCAGAUCCAGGUCCAGGUCCAGGUCCAGGUCCAGAUCCAGGUCCAGGUCCAGGUCCAGAUCCAGGCCCAGAUCCAGGUCAAGAUCUGGAUCCAGAUCUAGACCCGCGUCUCAUGUGUCAGAGGGAUCAAAGUCUUUACAUUCUUCAUCUCGCUCGAGCUCUGAAGCAGUUUCAUUACUUCCAGUUCAGGUUACUUUGACCAUUUCUCCAAGUGGUUCAAGUAGUAACCUCUCAAUAUUAAAGUUGGAUAACACUGUAGUCGGGAUGGUUGACUCGUCCAAAGGAAAAAGAGGCGAAGGCGGAAGUGGAGGUGGUGCAGGAAGUGGAGGUGGUGCAGGAAUUGGAGGAAGUGGGGGAAGUGGAGGAACUGUAAAGAGAGGAGGAAGAGGUGGAGGUGGAGGUGGAGGAGGAGGUGGAGGAGGAGGAGGAGGAGGAGGAGGAGGAGGAGGAGGAAGAGGCGGAGGGAAAAAACCUCCAAGCUACCAGAGCAUGUCGUAUGAAUCGUUGGCUGAGUUAAAGAGUGGAUUUACGACUGUGUUUAGUUCAUUUAUGGAAUUACUUGAAAGCCUCAUUAACUCCAGUUUUUCGUACGAGUGCUUGGAAAUGAUGGAGGAAUUACUCUCUUUGUGCAAGAAAAAGAGUUUGAGAUCUUCAGAAACUUGCAAAGGUCUUUUAAGUCUCAUUUCCAAAUUAAAGGGUAUCGACGAUGAUUACAGAAAAUUGAGGGAUGAAGCUAAUAGAUUUGCAACCUCUCUAUUGAAAAUGGAUGAGGGUUUAUCAAAGCUAAUGGAAGUUUCACUGAAAUCCAAUGGUUUACUUUUAAAGUCGACAUAUAUCGAAUCUGUUAAUAACCUAGUUGAUACUAUUAAAGAGCUAAACCAAAGAAUUAAAUUACUUAAGGAUAGUAUGGAGGAUGAAAAUUCUAAAAAUUGUGGAGAUGGUGGACAUUUGAGUUUGUUGAAGACUCAGAUUAUGACAUUUAAGUCAUAUCCACAUUAG